AUGGAGGCGCCUCCUUACUACGCGCCACCGCAGCAACAUCACGGUUCGUCUCGCCCCACUAUAGGUUUUCCACUCGGCACUGCUUUGCUCCUGAUUGUCGUUUUCAGCCUCAGCGGUAUCUUCUCAUGUUGUUACCAUUGGGACAAGCUUCGUCACCUCCGCGGUGAUUUCUCCGACGCCGAUCCUGAUUCAGACGACAGUCAACAUCACUCCGGUUCUAAACCUAAACCUUCGUACUCGGAAAAGAAGCAAGAUUGUGAUCGGAGUUUACCGGUGAUAAUGGCUGGAGAUCAGUUCGCGAGGUUCAUAGCAAUGCCGUGCCCAUGUGAACCACCGAGACAGGAAAAGAUCACGGCAGAAGAGAUUCAGAAACCGCCAAAACCACCGCAUGAUUGGGUUGAAGUUCACCAAUGGAAGUUAAACUUGGACUUUGUUGUGUGGAAUGUCAACUAUGAGUUUUCGACUCUAGAAGCGUCGUUCAAUUCCGGUGGUUGUGGAACGAAGUGUUACGCCUCUGAUCCUAACCUAGUCCAAACCACCACAGUUGCUUCUCUCUCACGUCAAUUCGUUUCCCCCAAAAGCACCACUGUUCGACGACGUCACGACGAAUCUCCAGUCAACACAGUCAUCGUCUACGCCUUUAGGUCACGAACGUGUUCAGGUCUCUCAACGGAAUACUUAGACAAUUUCAUGUUCGGCUUCCCUGAAAGUAACCCUGGAAGAAAGGAAGGGUGA